AUGAUGCUAUCCCAGAGCAUAAUCCUUUCGCUCGCAGGCCUCGCCGCCGCCCAAGACCGCCUCUUCUCUUCUGCCUUCGGCUACCCCGGCCGAGACGCGAGCUUCGACUAUGUCGUCGUCGGCGGAGGCACAGCAGGCCUGACACUCGCCUCACGUCUCGCCGCAACGUCCGCCUCCGUCGCCGUUGUCGAAGCCGGUGGCUUCUAUGAGGUCGAGAACGGCAACAAUAGCGUCGUGCCUCUUCUCUCCCUGACAGGCAUCGCCUUCAUCGAUCCGACCCCGGGUUUUACCCCGCAGCCUUUGAUGGACUGGUCCCUUGUCUCCGAACCAAUUCCCGGAGCAGGUGGCCGGAGGGUCCAUUACGCGCAGGGCAAAACGCUCGGCGGGUCGUCGGCGAUCAACACUAUGUCCUAUAUCCGCGGCACCAAGGGCUCGUAUGGUCUAUGGGCCGAGACUGUCGGCGACGAGACCUUCAAGUGGGACAACAUCUUGAAGUACUUCAAGCGGUCGGUCGAUCUCACGCCGCCGAACGAGGAGAAGCGCCAGAACACCAACGCCACUGUCGUUUUUGACCCCUCCGACUAUGACGAGCAGGGAGGGCCGCUGCAGGUCUCGUGGAACAACUGGGUUGACCCGACGCUGACAUGGCUCGCAAAGGUUGUCUUGAGCCUCGGCUUGACGAUCAGCUCAAAGGGUUUCAGCAGCGGCGAGCUCGCUGGCCACGGCGCAUGGGUGCCGUCGACCAUUGAGAGCCAAAAGGCGCAUAGAUCGACCAGCGAGAGCAGCUUCUUACAGCAAGCGAUCAAGGACACCGGCAUCAUCGUGUACACUCACACGCAGGCGACCAAGAUCCUCUUCAACGGCACUCAGGCUACCGGCGUGAGCGUCAACUCUCAGGGUGUUGACUACACCCUCUCCGCCAACAAGGAGGUCAUUCUCACCGCAGGGACCUUCCAUUCUCCUCAACUUCUUCAGGUCUCCGGCAUUGGACCCCGCGAACAUCUAGAGGCCCUGUCGAUCCCCGUUGUCGCCGACAUCCCCGGCGUGGGCCAGAACCUCCAGGACCCCAUCCAGAUCUUUGUCGCGUAUCCCGUCAACACGCCCUCCGCCCAAUCCCUAACAGCCGACCCGGCUCUCAACCCCGGUUUCGUCUCGGAGUACCUCAAAUCCGGUACGGGACCGUACAGCUCCGCGGCGGGGUUCCUCGCCCACGAGCGCCUCCCGAACUCCACCCUCGCCAAGCUCACGCAGUCCACGCGCGACAAGCUCGCAUCCGUCCCCUCCGACUGGCCCCAGCUUUCCUUCAUCGUGGGCUCCUUCUCCACGGGACCAGGCCAGACGAGCGGCACUCUCGCCGCGUACCUCCCGCUCGUCUUCUCCCGCGGCAACGUCACAAUCUCGUCCCCCUCGGUCCUCGACGCCUCGCCCAAGAUCAACCUCAACUGGCUAUCCGACCCGGCCGACGUCGAGCUGGCCGUCACGGCAGUGAAGCGUCUUCGCGCAGCGUGGGCGUCGGACUUUGCGAAUACCCCCGGCUUCAAAGCCGGUCCUGAAGGUCUCCCCGGCGACGCGGUGCAGACCGACGAGGAGAUAUUGGAGUACGUCAGGGCCAACGCAGGCCAGGUCUGGCACCCUGUCUCGACGUGUGCUAUGGGCAGGGAAGAUGGCGUGGAGAGCGGAAAGGCGGUUGUGGAUAGCCGUGGCCGGGUAUUCGGUGUUCAGGGGUUGAGGGUGGCGGACGCGAGCACUUUCCCGUUUGCGAUCCCGGGGCACCCGCAGUCUGCUGUAUAUGCGCUUGCCGAGAAGAUUGCGGAUGAUAUUAUCACGGGGCGGUAA